AUCUCAUAAAAAAAAUUGAUAGAAGCCUAAACUCCACUCUCCAAUCUCAUCCAAAUGGUUUUAGAGUUUAGACUUUAGAGAUGCAUGCUGUCACAAGCCACACCUAUCUGCUAGAAGCCUAAACUCCACUUCUUCCUGAAAUCUGACUUCUAACCCUAGCGGAAUCCCUCAGGGACUGGCAUAGCUCUUCAAUGGCGUCUCGCUGCCGCGUCCUGUCCAGACCAGCCUUCAAUCUAAUCAAAUCUGCAAUCUCCAAACCCGCACUGAAACCCUCCAAUCCUUCACUCGGCGCUGCCAGUUCAUUUCCCCCGCUCCACAGACCAUUGUCUCACAUUGCCGCUCUCCAGUCCUUGCUGCCGCUCUACUCAGCCGUCUCUUCUGCUCGGCUCACUUCUUGCCUCAGCCUUGACUCUAAGGGCUCCCGCUCUUUGUCUCAGGAGUUAGGUCUCUCUGUUCCCCGAUGAAAGAUGGAUGUCAAAGGUCGAUGAUAUGGUUAGCCAUGGCAUCUUAUCGCACAUGAAAGUUGUUGGCUUCAUAUGCUUCCAGUUAUUUAUUUAUUUAUUUAUAACUUUUUUGAACGAAAAAAAAGUAUAAUUCAUACACUACUCUUUUUAUCCAUUUCUAUGAACUUGGGCAUGCUUCUGCUGAAAUUCUUUUUAUGUCAGGAAUUUUACUGCCCAUUAGCCCCAUUUGUGGAUUUCCCUUUAGAUUUUUUGAUGCCACAAUGUAUGUGAAUGGCCAAUGAAUUGGGAAUAUGUCC